ACGACGACGAGGACAGAACACGGAGAUCAAUCAAUCCACAUUCCAUAAUCCAUUUCCAUUCCGACCAUUUCCCGGAUAACACGUCAACAAGGAAGCAGCGGCAUCGAUCCCAGAUAAUACGUUGCGUGUGCGUCCCAAAUUAGACAAGGCCAGCUUCUUCCUCAGCUCCUAGCUACGGGCAUUCAUCCAUGAACAACAGCAGCAGUAACAGGAUGAGCGAGAUCGUCUUCUUCGACGUGGAGACGACGGCGCCGUCGCCGGCGGGGCGGUGGUGGCUGCUCGAGUUCGGCGCCAUCCUGGUGUGCCCCAGGAAGCUCGUCGAGGUGGGCAGCUACGACACGCUCAUCCGCCCGGGGGACCUCUCCGCCGUCUCCAGGCGCUUCACGGACGUCGAGGCCAUCGCCUCCGCGCCCACGUUCCGGGACGUGGCCGACAAGAUAUUCGACAUCCUCGACGGCCGCGUGUGGGCGGGGCACAACAUCCAGCGCUUCGACUGCCCGCGCCUCCGGGAGGCGUUCGCCGGCAUCGGGCGCCGCGCCCCGGAGCCCGCCGGCGUGAUCGACUCGCUCAACGUGCUGGCGGCAGAGUUCGGCCGCCGCGCCGGCGACCUCAAGAUGGCCACCCUGGCGGCCUACUUCGGCAUCGGCAAGCAGAAGCACCGGAGCCUGGACGACGCGCGCAUGAACCUCGAGGUGCUCAAGCACUGCGCCACUGUCCUGCUGCUCGAGUCCAGCCUGCCCCACGCGCUGCAGCUGGCCGCCGCCCGCGACGGCGCCGUCACCAGGAGGAGCUCCACCGCCUCCGCGCCGGAGGCUGCUCCUCGCCGGCGCCCCGCCAUGUCGCAGACCAAGCUGCCCUUCACUCCCGUGCAGGCCGUGCCGCCGGCGCCAGCAGCUACGACGACCACAACGAACAAAAGCGGCGGCGGCGGCAAGCGGGAUAGCCUGGGCAAGCUGGUGGGGAGGGCCAACGCCACCGGCGGCAAGAAGCCGGCGGCGGAAGGUGCUACGGCGGCGUUGCCCAAGGUCACCAGGGCAACAACAGCCACGACGACGACGCCCUUCCACAUGAUCCUCAGGCACUCCAGGGCCAUCCUCAGAUGAUGCGGCAAUCCAGCAUGCUGUUUGUUGCAAGCGUGCUGCGCUUAGGGAAAUCAUGGAACUGACAGAUUCGAGCUCAGUCCAUCUUUUCCCCAUCAUACUAAAUUGAAGAACCGACUAAUUGGAUUCAUUUGUACAGAAUCAUUGAUUCAUUUCGUUCAAUCACUUGUUCGCUUCAUAGUUUGAUGCGUGUUCGUUUAAGCUAGUUGAAUGGUUCAGAUGUAGUUGAUGUUCUUUUAUUGGUUCACUUGUAAAUUGACAUUCUUUGUUCCAUUUGUAAAUCUCCUUCCAUGUCCAGCACCAUUGACUGUUACAAAUUAUGUACAACUA